UUUGGAAUUUGGAUAAGGUGGUGGAAUUUUGAGUUCAUUUAUCCCUUUGUUUGAGACUGAACCAAGAGAAUACAAUGAGAGGGUAUGCAUUGUCCUUGACCAAUUUGCUGCCUCCUUCCCAUUUGAGCAUAGACAUCAAGUUCAAGUCUUUUGCUUUCUCCAUUGCUGCAACUCACUCUCUCAUCCCAACACCAAAACCCUCUCUUCUCCUCUCAACCCAUCAUUCAAAAUCCAAUUCACACUUCUCAUUUUCUGUUGCUGCUCAACAACAAGUACAACCCGGUGAAGAAGAGAACAUUCAACUAGUCUCCUCUAUCAAAACUGAUUACAAUGACAUACUCAUAGUGGACACCCCAAAGGCUAGAAUGUUACUCCUUGAUUCAUCUUACAGUGUUCACAGUGUUCUUUACCAUGGGUCAAAAUGGACAUGUUCUUAUUGGGAUGAAUUCGCGAGCUUGCCAGCUAUUGUUCCGAAAGGUCCCAUUGCUAUCUUAGGUUUGGGUGGUGGAACUGCAGCUCAUCUGAUGCUUGACUUAUGGCCUUCACUGCAACUUGAUGGCUGGGAGAUUGAUCAAAUUUUGAUUGAUAAAGUGAGAGAUUAUUUUGGCUUAUCUGAUUUGGAGAAGACAACAGAAGAUGGUGGAGUUUUAAAUAUUCAUGUUGGUGAUGUCUUCGUUCCCUCAAAGGAUUUUCACGAAAGAUAUGCUGGCAUUGUAGUUGACUUGUUCGCAGAUGGAAAAGUUUUGCCUCAGCUACAAGAGGUUAAUACAUGGUUGCAAUUAGAAGAGAGAUUGAUGGCCAAUGGUCGCUUCAUGGUAAAUUGUGGUGGUGUUGGUGGUGGGCCAAGUGCCAGAGAUGAAAGUACUCAUCCUGAAACUUUGUGGAGUGGUAAAUCAUGGUUAUCAAAUCCAGCUAUGAAAGCACUAUCCAAAGCAUUUCCGGGACAAGUAAGUUGGAAGAGAAUGCCAAAGGAAAAUGGUGCAAAUUUUAUGGCACUAACAGGACCUUUGCCUGAUUUGAACUCUUGGUCGGCUAGUGUCCCUUCUCCUCUGAGCCAAAGUGUGAAGAAUUGGAGACCUUUGUGAGCUGGCUUCUUCCAUUUUAUCUUACCUCUCCAUAGCUAAUGACAAAAUAUUUUGGUAAUCAAACCUUUUUCAAACUAAU